AUGACUACAAAACAACAGAAAAUUACAAAAACAAUCAGCUCCGACCCACCCAAAGUAAGAGAUUACAACACGCUAAUUUUCAGCGACGUCCUGUGUCCAAUAUGUAGGAGCAUAAUGAUAGAACCAGUGUCUCUCCCUUGCAACCAUCAUUUUUGCCUGUGCUGUUUUGAUGACACCAUGAAAACCGCCAACAGAGUGUGCCCCCUUUGUCAGGUUCGUGUAGGUUCCUGGUGGAGAAAGGCUCAGAUAAAUGGUAAACACAUAAAUGUGAAAUUUCAAAAGGCAAUAAACGAAAGGUAUUCCCAACAAAUUUUGAACAAACUCACUGGUAUUGAAGAAGACUUCAAAGAGUCCAAAAUGGUGAAAGAAAAUGGUAUACAAAAGAAGUCACUCACUGGUAUUGAAGAAGACUUCAAAGAGCCCAAAAUGGUGGAAGAAAAUGGUAUACAAAAAAAGUCAGACCAUGUAGAAAUUGUUGAAGAUACUGCAGAUAGUGUAUCAGUCAAGAGAGAGAUCAAUGAUCAGGUAGCUUUCAAAAGGGAAAAGUUGCUGUUCAAUGAACAGGUAGGUGAGAAACAGACUGCAGAAAUUUCAUCAACUCCUCCACCUAGUAUGAAAGAUAAAAUUACUGUUGAGACACAUGAAAUAACAUCUCCAAUGGUUGAACCAAAAAUUGAGCCAAAUGACAGUUUUUCCAAUAAACAAUUUAUCUGUAGGAUAUUUCCUUUAGACCAAAAAAAUAGGUAUAAACGAACUGAUUUUUAUUCACCCCUUAGUAUAAGUGCAUUAGAAAUCAAAACUAGGGAACAGUUGAGGAAAAAGAAGGAAAGAGAAGAUUAUCAAAAGGGUUUGGAGGCUGAAAAACUGAGGUUAAAAGAACUUUAUGAUAAGAGUCUAGCAUCAAAAACAUUAUUUUCAUGGCCACCACCAAAAAUUCCUCUUAGAAAAUCAACUGACAAAUUCCAACAGAGAGAAGCUCCACUUGAAGCUGAAUAUUCAGAAUCAAAGUUCAAUUUUGCCACCAAAUCAUAUAGCAGUAGGGAAUUGAUUUUGAACAGAAAUGUGAAUGGAGAGAAUAUGGGGGAGUCUUCAGCAACUAUAAGACCCAAAAUUAGGCACAUAGAGAAAAUUGUAGAAAUAAAGGGUGGUAAACUGAAGAAAAACAGAUAUUCAAAUAAGCCAAUUGAUCACAGAAUGAAUCUAUCAUCUCAGGGAAAUUCAAGAAUCAAAAUCAAAAUGUUCCCUAAAAAAACACAUAGGAAUCCAGCAUCUAAGAUGUUGUCUUCUGAAUCAACCAAAUUCUCCUCUACCUCCAGUAGCAAAAAUCAAUUCAGCUUGAAACGCUCUAUCUCAGAGGAAAAUUCAGAUUGUUCAUUCCAUGGUUUUGACAAUAUUAGUGUUGAAGAUGAGCAAAAGGUGAUAAAAAAAUUUGAAGACAAUUUUAGCUCCAAUGGGUUAUUUUAUGGUUUUUAUAAUAAUUCGAGUGUUGGAAAUAAUAAACGAAUAACGAUUACAAACUGCAAACGUGAAGAAAAUGAGUUUGAAAAGAAACCUUCACAGGAAGAAUUAGACUUGGAGUUUGCCAGAACCCUCCAAAAAAAUUUAGAUAGGGCUUACAAUACGAGGCCGUCUAAGACAUUACGCAUUUACACGUGA